AUAUAAGGAGUCAAGUUCCACUAGAAGUCAUUCAAGUUAUAUUCGUGGAUAUACACCAUGAAGGUAUCAAGUGCAUUCGUUCUUUUCGCCUUUCUCACGAUGGCAUUAUCAGGCACAUAUACUCUGGCACGGCCCAACGAUCAUACCAUCGGCGAGAAACAAUUAAAAUCUGCUAAUACCAUACACGAAAGAAGUAUAUCAAAGCUCGUGGACGACAAACUUAUAGAUACCACGUUUGAGAUCGGAUUAUCCAAAUUCGAGGCAAUCAAAACUAUCAAACUUGCCAUUUUGCGUAUGUUAUCCACUCAAAUCGAAGCUUUAACCGUUCGCGUUCAAAAGAGCGACGUUCUCGAUUUAUUGAAUUCGCCCAUCACCAAAUUUAUCUCCGAGGAAAUUUUAGGUUCGUUAUUAUUAUCGGACAACAAAAAUAUCUCACCUUUUAAUUUACAACAACAAUCACUCGAUGCAUUUUUGUUACGCGAAAAUAUGGAAAUCCCAGUGAUUCACGAAAAUACAAAUGUAAAAUUACCGUUGAUGGAGCCAUCGUUCUUGGAAAAAGAAGAAGAAUCUUUGCCAGUACCCGGUAAUGAAGAAUUCUCUGUUCAAAAAUUUUAAAGAUGUAAUAAUAUUUUGUCUUUGGGCGAUUAGGCGUCCAAUGUCUGUCGAACAUAUAUUUUUUGGAUUUCGUCAUGCAAAAGUAAAUCUAACUUUGUUCACGAACUUUCUCUUCAUAUUAAACGAGAGAUAAUGUUUAUUUUAUUUUAUCCUAUUGUUUAUUUAAAAGAGAGAGAGAGAGAAAGAGAGAGA